AAUCGGACACAACUACCUAGGGACCUACCUAAGUAUGGCGAAGUGCAUGAUCAUUUAAUUCCCAGGUUCCGACGAAUAGAAAUGCCACCACCACCACCACCACCACCACGACUCUCCUACGGGCUAAACCUCGCGAGCCAAAAAAGCGCCCCAGCCCCAAAACGAAAGAAAGCAAUCUUCGAUUCCGAUUCCGAUGAGGAGGGGAACGGCAACGAUCCCGCAGAGGGCGUUGAGAUCUCGACACUCGGAGGGAUUGAGGAUUCCACGGCGAAACCCGGCUCGGACAGGGACAGCGGCCGCGGUCGGCCAGCAGCAAAGCGCAAGGGCGUUUCCCUCAAGCCGUUAAGCAAGACGUCGAUAUUUGCGGAUGCUGACGACGACGACGACGGGAAUGGCAAUGGCAAUGGCAAUGACAACGGGCGGAAACAGAUGCUGCCGGAGCAGUUGAACAAGGGCGCAGGGAAACAGGAGUAUACGAAUCUCUCUGCGCUGCACAGUAGUAGGAAACACGCGGCGGAUGCACAGGACAUGGAUCCCUCGAUUUACUCCUACGACGCGGUCUACGAGAGCUUGCACGCCAAGCCGGAGAAAAAGCCGGGCGGGGCUAGUGCUAGUGCUAGUGCUAGUGCUAGUAGCAGAGAAGGAGGAAGCGCAGACGGACCGCGAUACAUGGGAUCUUUGCUCCGGAGCGCGGAGAUACGGAAACGAGACCAGCUGCGCGCGCGGGACCGCCUGCUCGCCAAGGAGCGGGAAGCCGAGGGCGACGAAUUCGCGGAGAAGGAGAAGUUCGUGACGGCCGCGUAUAAAGCGCAGCAGGCGGAGCUGCGGAAGGUGGAAGAGGAAGAAGCACAGCGGGAGCGGGAGGAGGAGGAACGGCGGCGGAAGCACGGGGGGUCCGGGAUGGUGGGGUUCUACCGGGACUUGCUGUCGCGUGGCGAGGAGCAGCAUGAGGCUGUGAUGCGGGCGGCGGACAAGGCGGCGCGAAAGAUCCAGGAGACGGGCGGCGACGCGGCCGCCCCCGAAGCAGAGGAGUCCGCGGAGAAGACCGCCGCCCAGGUAGCGGCCGAGCUGAAUGCACGCGGGGCCAAGAUUGCCAUCAACGAGGAAGGCCAAGUGGUGGAUAAGCGGCAGUUACUGUCGGCGGGAUUGAACGUCGCGCCGAAACCCAAGCAAGCUGCGAUGACUCCCGCUGAUUCGGCGAGGAAUGUACCGGCCGGCAGCGGUGCUGGGGUCCGCAUGGAUUCUCGCGCGAUGGGCGCACGCGCGGCGGGCCAACGUGCGCGUCAAACCGAAAUGAUCGCUGCCCAGCUGGAGGAGCAAGCGCGGCAGCAAGCGGAGACGGCAGCAGCACAGCAAAGGGAGAUUACAGAGCGCAGUCGCAGUCAGAAAUCCGCCGGGGACGUGUUGAGCGCGCGGGAACGAUAUCUGGCACGUAAGAGGGAGCGAGAGGCAGCGGCUGCAAAGGGAUCCUAAACCCUACCUACCUCCUCCAUUCUUACGAACAAUCACCCUCACGCUUUGUUCCUGAUACCUCUUUUAAUAUUCUGGAUUCGAACUGCAUACAGGGCG